CUCUGUCUCUCUCUCUCUAUCUCCCCCUCGCCGGCCGUUGCGGGUGGCGUUCUUUUCCGCGGUUCCGAUGGUUUCGGGAGUGCCCGCCAACGUUCCUUCUUCUCCUCUUCUCGUCGGCUCAGGUGGGUGAGGGAGGGAGGGAGGAAUCUUGGGUUCGUGGCGUGCUUUUUGGUUUUCUCUUCGUUACGGCGUCGAACCCGUGGAUUGCUUGGUGUGUCUCGUUUUGAGCGGCGUGAAUGCGUUUCUCGGUCGAAUUCUGUUUGUUUGUGAGGUUCCUGCAUGUUCCUCUCGUUUCAGUUCUUUUUGUUCGACUCCCUCUUCUUUGGGCAGAUAAAGAUCCGAUUUUUUCUCAUUCCCACGUAAUUGUGAUCCGUUCCGAGAGUUAAAAUGAACGAGACGUUAAAUUUCGGGAUACGGGAACUUUCGGGAUUUUGAUUCUGUUCUCGCGGUAGCAUUUGCAUGAAUGUUUAGGAGAGACGAUAAGCAAAGAAGAAAGUUUCGAAGAUCCGUUCUUAAUUUGUUAUCGCGAGUGUUUAUGGCUUUUUUCCUGCCUGGGAUAUCUCAUAUCUCUGCUUCUGAAAAUUACGUGAGUGGGGUUUGCUCGAUUCCCACCGGAGAUCGCGUAUUAGGCCGAGCAGAUUGUUUUGUGCUUGGUUCCAUUAUGAAUGCGGACUAGCUUUUCGUGACUGAUUCGAAAUGCGUUGUGUUUUUUGAUGAGCAAGAAGGAAAGCCCUUUGGACUUGGAAAGUAGAAAAAGUCUGGCAACAUGCUGGAAGAUCUAUCUUACCUUGUUGUGCGAGACUUGCCUAGCUCGUGCCAGGAAGAGAGCGGAUGGAUUUAUAAUACUUUUCAUGUGCUUGAGCUUUCGAAACAAUUGGAUGAUGCAGAUGAAUUCUCACUUACAAAGUUUUCCAGGCCACUGGACACACAUUACAGGUGGGAUACAAUGCAGGGUGCUCACGAUCUCUCUCUUUCUAAAGCUGUUCGAGUUGGUGACAAGCAUCAAGCCGGCAAGAAAGAGGACUCGAGUUCCCUCAUCCAUCAGAUUGGCCGCGACAACUCCAUCAAUUGCCUCCUCCGCUGCUUGAGGUCUGAUUAUGGCUCCCUCGCAUCUGUGAACCGGAGCUUUCGUUCUCUGAUCAAGAGUGGCGAGCUCUACCGGCUGAGAAGGCAAAUGGGGAUCGUCGAACACUGGGUGUACUUCUCCUGCGAUCUCCUCGAGUGGGAGGCAUUUGAUCCCAUUCGUAGCCGUUGGUUGCGCUUGCCCAGGAUGAGUACAAACGAGUGUUUCGUUUUUUCCGAUAAGGAGUCGCUGGCUGUCGGUACCGAACUCCUCGUCUUCGGAAAGGAGAUAAUGUCCCAUAUCAUACACAAGUACAGCAUCCUGACGAACACAUGGACAUCGGGCAUGGAGAUGAAUGUGCCUAGGUGCUUGUUCGGGUCAGCCAGCCUCGGAGAAAUUGCAAUCUUAGCUGGUGGUUGUGAUCCACGAGGCAAUGUCCUGAGCUCCGCCGAGCUAUAUAACUCGGACACCGGAAGGUGGGAGAUGCUGCCAGACAUGAAUAAAGCCAGAAAGAUGUGCUCUGGGGUAUUCAUGGAUGGGAAGUUUUACGUGAUCGGCGGGACUGGAACGGGGAACAUAAGGUCUCUCACCUGCGGAGAAGUGUACGAUAUGGAGACCAGGACAUGGAGGGAGAUACCUAAUAUGUUCCCAGCCCGGAAUGGCGGGACUGGGGUGACUGAGGCUCCUUCUGCGGCUGAGGCUCCUCCCCUGGUUGCAGUGGUGAACAACGAGCUCUACGCAGCUGAUCAUGCAGCGAAGGAGGUCAGGAAAUAUGACAAGGUGAGGAACUCAUGGUCUACGGUGGGAAGCUUGCCGGAGCGUGCCAUGUCAAUGAAUGGUUGGGGCAUUGCUUUUCGGGGAUGUGGUGAGAGGAUAGUUGUUAUCGGCGGACCCAGGGCUUUAGGGGGUGGAAUUAUUGAACUCAACUCCUGGGUUCCCAGUGAAGGGCCACCACAGUGGAAGCUGCUUGCCAGAAAACCAUCAGGUACUUUUGUGUACAACUGUGCUGUGAUGGGAUGCUGAGGCUCUGGUGCAGCUUCUUGUGGCGCCGCUUGAGCUCGAUGGAAGGGACGGCUUUUAUAGAGAAGGGUGUCAGCUGGAUGAAAAGCUGAGGUAUUGAUGAAGACAGCAAGGUGACAGUAGGAUCACUUGGAUGCAAUGGCGAGUGAGCCUGUUUUCGAAGAGUUCGUGAUGGAAGAUACAUCUAUCUAACAUUUUGGGUAUAAGGGAUUGAGAACUAACUCUGUUUAAGCUGCCUUUUUGUAAUGUAGAAUACAGGAGAUAAUUCAAUUCAUUCUUUAAGUGACUGAUUUUUCGUGUGCUGAUAAUCAGCCAUACCUUGCAAUGUAAUUUUUAGAGCACUGUGCACUAUGGCUGUAAUGCUGGAUGCACCCAAGAACAUAAUAGGCCAAUUGUAAAUUCUCCUUUAGUGUUCUAAAGCAUUGUUUAACAGAAA